CCGUGUCAGUUACUCCUUCUUUUAUACAACAAUCCACAAACAGUCCUGGCGACUCAGUAAAUCACGAAUAUCAUAUCCACGUCUUUAACGUCCUCACGUCCUUAGAUCACCAGAUCAUCAAUUUUUACACUUUGAUUUUUUACGACAGUUCCAAUUCUAUUAUCACGAUGAAGCCUCAAACCGCUGCCCUCCUCCUUACCCUCUGCGGCUCUGCUUUGGCCGUUCCCGUCCCCAACAACGAGAAGUCCCAAGAACAGCCGACUGCUGCUGGCUCAGUGUCGUCUGUGACUGGUACCCCUUCGAGUCUGCCUGUUGGCUUCCCUCAGCAGUCCGGCACUCCGGCUGGCGCUCCCUCCGGCUUGCCUUCAAACUUCCCUCCGGCUCCUGGUCCCUCCGGGUUCCCCUCCGCUCCUUCUGAUGCUGCUUCGUACAGCUUCACACCCUCCGGUCCUGCUCCUUCGGGUCCUGCUCCCUCCGGUGGCGCUUUCGGCUCGAACCCAUUUGGAUCUAACCCGUUCGGUUCCGCUCCGUUCGGUACCGCACCAUUCGGUGCUGGUCCUACUCCUUCUGGCACUCCCUCUGGCCCACCGCCGCAGGGCCCUAAGCCCACUGGCGGCUUUGGCCAGCAGCAGCAGAAGCGCUCUCAGCCUUUUGAGGAGGGUCACCAGCAGGGUCAGUUUGGUGAGGAAGGUGGUCCUCCUCCGUUCGCCUCGGGCGCUACUCCUUCCGGCCCUGCUCCCUCGGGCCCUACCCCCUCGGGCCCCGCUCCCUCUGGUGGCCCCGGAGGCUUCGGUGGCCCUCCUUUCGGUGGUUUCGGUGGUCCUAAGCCCUCUGGCCCUGCUCCCUCGGGUGCUUCUCCCUCUGGCAGCUUCGGCGGCUUUGGUGGUCCCUCGGGCGCUGCUCCUUCUGGUCCUGCUUCCUCUGGCGGUGCUUUCGGCUCCAACCCCUUUGGCUCCAACCCCUUUGGCUCCAACCCAUUCGGCUCUGCUCCCUUCGGUACUGCCCCGUUCGGUGCUGGUCCUACUCCCUCAGGCCCUGCUCCUUCUGGCUUUGCUCCUUCCAGCUCUGCGUCCUCUGGAACUCCCUCUGCCUCCCCUACUCCUUUCGCACAGUAAGCGCGGCAAGCUAUAUCAACAAGGCGUGGAUGGUGUGAUGUGCCUAUAAUUACAGUUUCUUUUGACGGGCAGAUAAUGGACAUUAUUUGAUGGAUAUACAAGCAUUUUCUUUGUC